UGGUAUUGCUGCACUUUCAGAAUGGGAAAGGAAAAGAUCCAUAUUAACAUUGUGGUCAUUGGCCAUGUAGAUUCUGGGAAAUCCACCACCACUGGGCACUUGAUUUACAAAUGCGGUGGCAUUGAUAAACGAACCAUUGAAAAGUUUGAGAAGGAAGCGGCGGAGAUGGGCAAAGGCUCCUUCAAGUAUGCCUGGGUGCUGGACAAGCUGAAGGCUGAGCGUGAACGUGGUAUUACUAUUGAUAUCUCCCUGUGGAAGUUUGAGACUGGCAAAUAUUACAUCACCAUUAUUGAUGCUCCUGGCCAUCGUGACUUUAUCAAGAACAUGAUCACUGGCACCUCCCAGGCUGACUGUGCAGUCCUUAUUGUAGCUGCUGGUGUGGGAGAGUUUGAGGCUGGUAUCUCAAAGAAUGGACAGACCAGGGAGCAUGCCCUUCUUGCCUUCACAUUGGGAGUCAAGCAGCUUAUUAUUGGUGUCAACAAAAUGGAUUCCACAGAGCCACCAUACAGUCCAAAAAGGUUUGAAGAAAUAACCAAAGAAGUUAGUUCAUACAUCAAGAAAAUUGGGUAUAACCCAGCUACAGUGGCAUUUGUGCCAAUCUCUGGAUGGCAUGGAGACAACAUGUUGGAGUCUAGCAGUAAGAUGCCAUGGUUCAAAGGAUGGAAGAUUGCCAGAAAAGAGGGAAAUGCCGAUGGAGUUACUCUACUUGAAGCUCUGGAUUCUAUCAUUCCUCCCAGCCGACCCUCAAACAAACCAUUGCGCCUUCCUUUGCAAGAUGUGUACAAGAUUGGAGGCAUAGGCACAGUUCCAGUUGGAAGAGUGGAGACUGGUGUCUUGAAGCCAGGCAUGGUUGUGACAUUUGCUCCUGGAAAUGUGACUACAGAAGUAAAGUCUGUGGAAAUGCAUCAUGAGGCUUUAACAGAGGCUUUACCUGGUGACAACGUAGGAUUUAAUGUCAAGAAUAUUUCUAUAAAAGACAUUAGGAGAGGCAAUGUAGCUGGUGAUAGCAAGAAUGACCCUCCAAUGGAGGCUGGAUCUUUCACUGCUCAGGUUAUCGUACUCAAUCACCCUGGAUUGAUCAAUCCAGGCUAUGCCCCAGUCUUGGAUUGCCACACAGCUCACAUAGCCUGCAAAUUUGCUGAGUUGAAGGAAAAGAUUGAUCGAAGAUCAGGAAAGAAACUGGAAGAUAACCCCAAAAAUCUUAAGUCUGGUGAUGCUGCCAUUGUUCAGAUGGUUCCUGGGAAGCCAAUGUGUGUGGAAUCCUUCCAAGCCUACCCUCCACUUGGUCGCUUUGCUGUUCGUGACAUGAGGCAGACGGUGGCUGUUGGUGUCGUUAAAGCUGUAGAGAAGAAGGCGGCAGCUGUAGGCAAAGUGACAAAAUCUGCCAUAAAAGCAGGCAAAAAGUGAUUUUCCAUUCGGGAGAGAAACCAUUUCUAAGUUAUUUUUUGCUGAAAAGCAGUUGUUAAAUAAAUUGCAAAAAAAUG